GGGUGGUGUUUAGUCCCUAAGUGAGUGGAUCAUGGGAACCCCGACUUCCUCCAAUCUCCUUUUGCAUCCUUUUGCUGGUCUAUUGCUGGCUGGAUCGGAAACAUCCUUGGCUCGCGCACGAGCGAAAUGGAUGGGCAACUGCAUUCAGAUGAUGAUUCAGCGGCAUCAACCAUCGAUGUUCUGCCCUAUGCCACCGAUUCGGAUGAUGAGGACGUGGGAACAUCGAUCAUGGAUCGAUUCACCUCGAUCCUUGAGGCCUUGCCCAACCCUUUGUUUGCCAGUGGGAUUGCGAAAAACGCCCCGUGCCUUUACACGAAGGGAGGUGUUCCUUUAGCAUUGCCCGAGGACUUGGCUGACUUGCGAGCUUUGUGCAAGCAGGCACCAUGCGGUCGAGGUACAGAGACGGUCCUUGAUCUAGAGGUCCGGCGUAGCAAGGAGACUCAAGAUGUCGAUAUUCUUUGGGAUGACUUGGGGUUUGUUCUGUCACAGGCCCGUGCAACACUUUGCCCUGACGUGAGUCUCACUGCCAAAGUCUACAAGGUCUUGCUGUAUGAGCUAGGAGAUUUCUUCCAGGCCCACGUAGAUAGCAAGAUUUCGGAUGACCACAUCAUGACGCUGGUGGUCGACUGCGGAGCAGGACCUUGUGAUGGCGGGCAGCUGAGCUUUCCGGAGCGUGGCUGUGUGGAGGCCGCGGAUCGGUCCCAAGAGGCCACGGAGGAGACCACGGAGGUGGAGGAGAAAACGGAGCGAACGUGGAGGUCGGAGUGUGCAGGAUCUUGGUGUUCUUUCUUCACCUCGGAUUUUCACUCGGUUGAGAAGGUUACUGCGGGGCAUCGUGUGAUGGUGACCUUCAACAUUUUUGGGCAUCCAGACCCACAGGAAGAGUAUAAGGUGAUGGGUGCUACGAAGAAGCCUCAGAGAUCAAUGCUGUCGUUGCCACAGCACAUCCUCAAGUUGGUGACCAUCACAAGUGGCAUGCAUGGCAUAUAUCAUUGCAGCUGCUCAUGCGUAGCUCUGAAGGCCCUCUUGCGUGGACCCUCCGAGAUUCUGCAGCUUUGGCUGAGUGUAUGCCAGACGCAGUUGGCCAGAGAGCUUCGAGGACGCACACUUGGUUUUCCCUUCCACAACACUUACAGUUUUGACAGCUCUGGCGUGCUACGGCCUCAUCAUUUGAGAGGACGGGACUGGGCUCUAUACAAGGCCUUGGUGGCACGAGGAGUGCCCUGCCGCUUGGUGGAGUGUGUAGUGAGUUGUGAAACGAAGAAACGGUAUCGUCGGUAUGAGGAGCGAGACAACUGGCAGCUUUCCAGAGCUCGAAUCGGCCAGGACAUGACCGAGGACUCUUGUCCAUAUGAUUGGCAGCGGCAGCCAAUGCCGGUCCCUUCCGAACUGCAAGCCUUAGCCGGGGCGGAGGUUUUGAGCAGAGAUGAGGUGUCCUUCUUGACGGACACCAAUGUGGAAAAUGAUUUUGGCCUUCCUCGCACCGUUUGGCCUUUCCGCGGCGUCACUUGGGCAGUGUCCCGGAGAUAUUUUAAGAAGCAUUUGCUUCAAGAGUCUAAGUGGGACUCAGUUUCAAAGACGCUCUCAGGCAAUCAAGCGUGUUUUCGCAUGUUCUACUAUCGACGUGCGGCCCUACUUUGUGAGAUGGGUCCCCGCAGUCGGAGACGUCACAAGUUCGACCCGGAUUUCUUUGAUAGGCAAGAGAGAAGAUUCUGGAGUUCAGACAAUGAGAAUGGAGAUCAUGAGCUGCCGGAGCAAUGACGAGGCUUUUGUGGCCUUGCAUUCAGAAGACAAAGGUAGACAGAUGACGACAGAUGUACAGUACCUGUGACAUCCUGUGACGGUUGCUUCAA